AUGCCUGCCGGCGUUGACACGCCAUGCCUACCGAAGCCUUCCAUGUUCCUGGGAAACAAUUCCAGCCCUGCGAUAAUACGUGUUCCACUCUUCAACCAAGACAAGCCUGCCCUGUGGUUCACGCAAUUAGAAUCACAAUUCCGCAAUCACAGUGUUACAAGCGAAGUAGACAAACUACACCACACGAUUCCGUUGAUAGACACGCGCAUAGCUGCCGACGCUGAGGACAUCAUUUUAAAUCCACCAGUCGACAAGCCCUAUCAACGUUUAAAGACUAAACUAAUUGCGUGCUAUUCUAAAUUGAGAGAAGCGGAAAUUGUACAACUUCCGGAGGGGCAUUAUAUAGCUGCAAAAUCGCUUACAACGACUCACAACUCCAAUUCUACAGCCGUAGAGCAACAACUCGCUCACAUUACGAAAUGCCUUCAGAAGCGUUUGGACACCCAUGAAACCACUGGACGAAAAUGUUUUCGUGCACAAUGCAUCAACAGAAGCAGAUCGGUUUCUCCUGCCAUGUCCACCAGUAAAACCUGCUGGUAUCAGAAAAAGUUUGGCGAACUGGCUCAAAAAUGCACAUCGAAUUGCCAACAAGCGGGAAACGGAGCAGAGAGACGUUAG